GAUUUGUGUAUGAGACUUUGCCGAAGUCAGAUUCAGACUCUUAUACGGCCUUGGAUUCAGAUUGCGGGUGGGCGUGAUGAUUGAUUGCAGGUUUAGAUUCCCUUGAUUACGACUGAAUGAUAUAGAUACAUCCCUACUACUAUAAGCUGAUAUCAAUAUGCAAUGUUAAAGAAUGCUAGGGUCAGACAGUAAUUGAGAUAAUAUUACAAUUCAACAUAAUACAAGCAUUGCAUUUACCUGCAUUCUUCAUUCAAGCUCUUCUGCCCGUUACAGGCGGCGGUGCGGGCGACACCAUGCUGCCGCCGGGCGAGGACGUCACCGGCGGCGCCACCGGCCUGCCGGGCCGCGUGGCCCAGAUGUACUACACCUACGGCCUGUUCGCCGCCUCGCACCCCAAGCUGCUCAGCUCAGCAGUACUCACCGUGGCCAUCAUCUGCAGUAUCCCGGUGGUGAACAUGCAUCUACCGAGUAACACGCCGCAGGAGCUACGUACGACUGGCCCGGCCGAGGAGCCGUCGCAGCCGGCGCCCGUCUGGUUCAGAGAGAAACCGGUCGUCUACAUACAGCAGGUGCUGGUCCGUGCCGCCGUCACUCCAUGGCAGUCGGAUAUGAUUCUGACGGACGCCUACCGUGCGCCGCUCUCACGCGUGUUCGCCCUCACAGAGACUAUCGCCAACUUUCAACACGGGAACGGCUCGGUACAGGACCUGUGUUUCCGCGCGGAGGAGCCGGUGUUCCGCAGCCCGGCACUGCUCGACACCCACUUCCCACGCUACACGUGUCUGUUGCUGUCUCCGGCUGUACUGUGGGGCAGCGACCGUGCCGCCUUCCAGCAGGACAGCAACAUCAUCGAGACGGUGGUCAGACAGCAGAAGGAGCGGUUUUACAAGACGACCGUCUCGAAUCUGGUAUUCGGCGUCCCGGCCAAGGAGACGGCCUUCACGCGGAUCUACAAACGUCAGAGGUUUCUCACGUACGCCGUCACCGUGGUCCUGCGGAAAAAUGACCCAGAGCUACUGGCCGGUCUACGGCACCGACUGCUGGAACUGUACCCUCUGCAUGCCGCUGAGAACGGCAACCUGUCCAGCGAGCACGUCCACAUCUUCUACCCGGCGCGGACCGGCGUCUACGAGCUGCUGCCGGUGGCGCUCAUCUACAUCAUCCUCUUCAUCUACAUCUACUUCUCCGUCAGAAAGAUGGAGUCGGUCAAGUCGAAGCUGGCCAUGUCUGUGAGCGCUCUGGUGACCGUGUUCGCCACACUGAUGAUGUCGUCGGGCAUUCUCAUCCACCACGGCCUGCAGCAGACGCUCAACAGCCGCGAGGUCUUCCCCUACCUGAUCGUGGUGGUGGGGUUCGAGAACGUCAUGGUCAUCACCGAGUCUGUGUCCAACACGGCCCGCGACCUCAACCCGCGCAUCCGCAUCGCGCAGGGCCUCAGCCGCCAGGGUUGGAAUAUCACCAAGAACCUGUUUCUGGAGAUCACCAUCCUCACCAUCGGCAUCCUCACCUUCAUUCCGCUGAUCCAGGAGUUCUGCAUGCUGGCCGUCGUGGGCAUGUGCUGCGACUUCUUCCUCCAGCUUGGGUUUUUCGCGGCGACUCUGAGUAUCGAUACGAGCCUGCAGACGGCACUGGAAGAUGAAGAGCCGGCCGGUGAGCCGAGCUACGCCGAUCUGCGGCUGCGCUUCCCCAUCGGCGCCCGCGGCGUGCAGAUUCAGCGCUCCCAGUCGCACCCCGGUACGCUGAGUGAGCCACUGGGCGGUCCGGCCAGCGUGGUCAAAUCCCUGUACAGCAUGGACGGCCUGCUGGGCCGUCUGCCGCGCCGGCUCACCCUCUUCUACCUGUGGGCGCGCAGUCGCUUCUUCCAGCGUCUCUUCUCCGUGUUCCUGGUGGCGUGGAUGGGCUUAUUGGCUUACAACGGCGGCCUAGUGCACCAGCUGCUGGCUGCUGUGGCGCCGCCGCCGCCGGCCGCCGACCAGGCCGCCCCCGCCCCGGCCGCCGCCCCCGCCGCCGCCGCCGGGAAACUGGCGGCGGCGCUGCUGACGGCCGGCGAGCCGCCGCCGCCGUCAUCCGCCGCUACCGAUGACGACCUCACGCUGCUCCGUCAUCGGGACCCGGCCGUCUGGCACCGGCUGCACGACUUCCAUUGGAUGUCCCUGAUGAGAGUCUACAACGUGACGACGCGCGGCGGCUACGUGACAGUGUUGCCACCAGUGUAUGUGAGCCUGGCCGUGUCGCCGCAAGAGGCGCUGCAGGCGCGGCAUCCGCGCGACGCUGAAGUUUCCGACCGAGUGGUGGAUCGGAUAGCGCUGACGCUUGGGCAGCUGGAGAUUGCAGACAUUGACGAGACGGGCCAGCCGUCGCAGUACCCCAGCCCGAGCUCGGACUACGCCUACGUACCGUCCUCGCCGUUCGAGGUGUUCCUCGUGGUUCUACUGGCUCUCCCGUCAAUCGCCUUCAUAAUCUAUCUCCUGGUCGUUCUGUACCGGUGCGUGUGCUCGCGCAACUACGCCGAGUGGCGCUCGUCAUGGGGCGCCGACGGUCAGUGCGCCGGCGACUACCACCAGCAGCAGGUGGUACUGGAGGCUCUGCCUCUCCGGCUCAGCGGCCACUCCCAGCAGGUGGAGUGCCUGCAGACAGACGGACAGCUGCUGGUCAGCUGCUGCCUGGCCGGGCAGGUGCGCGUCUGGGACGCUGUCACCGGAGACUGUGUCAGGGUGAUAAACCGCGGUACGGCGACGCCCAGUCCUCGCGCCAGUCGUGAGGACGUACACUCUGACUACGGGUCGGGCGGAUCGCCUCCCAGCAGGGGUGAGCGGCACCUGGAGCAGAUGGCCAAGCGUCUCUCGACCCCCCAACUGGCGCAGUCCGACCACCAGUUGACGCCCACCGUCGACCUGACCUUCUCCUCGCGGCCGGCCGCGGCGCCCGCCGCCGCCGACGCGCCGUACGACUUCUCGCGCUUCCUGGCGGCGCGGGAGCCGAGUGAGGACCCCGGCCCGGCGCCGGCGCCGCGGCGCACCCACCGGCGCGUGUGGAGCGCCGGCAGCGCGGUGGCCGGCGCCGCGCGCGACGAGGACCGCGCCGGCGCGCCGCCCGAGCGUGGCGCCAUCUGGUGCAUGGACUGCAGCGAUGGACUGCUGGCGGUCGGCUGUAGUGAUGGGUCGGUGGAGGUCUGGGACGCCGCCACCGGCGCGCUCAAGCUGGUGCACUCGGAGGUAGCUGUGCCGGUGACGCACGUACGUCUGGUGGGCGCGCGGCUGGUGGUGGCGCGCUUCAACGGCACGGUGCACAUCCUAACGAUGCAGGCGGUGCAGCAGGGCGUCCCGAUCGACUGGGGCUACUACAGCUGCAGCCGGCCGCGGCUGCCCACCGGCGGUGACGAGCUGCGCUGGGAGGCGGUCACCCAGCUGCGCUGGGCAGGCCUGAGCACGGCGCGCGCCCACCAGCAGCUCAUCACCGUGCUGGAGUGCUGCGGCGGCCGCAUCGUCACCGGCAGCCUCGACCACAUGCUCAGGGUGACCCGGCUGGAGGACGGUUCUCCCGUCCACACCCUGCACGGCCACUAUGGUACCGUCACCGCGCUGUUCGUGGACCGUUGUCGGUCCGAACCGGCCACCGCCGGCAGCGGCAGUGCAGAGGGUACUCUGUCCGUCUGGGAUCUCACGUCAGGUCUGUGCCUGUACAGCGUGCCGGCGCACGACGGCGCGGUGACCUCGCUCAACUGUAACGCCUCCUACAUCCUGAGCACCGGCGGCGACGAGAGGCUCUGCGUCUGGGAGCGCUUCCAGGGCCACCUCAUCAGCAAGAUCGCGCUCAGCCACGCCUACUGCAGCCAGGUCAUCCUGCUCACCAGCAACCUGUUCGUCACCUCCAGACAGGGCUCUCUGAUGGUGUGGGACCUGGAGCUCGGCGAGCCAGUGCGCCUGGUGCGUCUGGGCGACCGCGACAGCUCGGUGUUUGUCCGCCAGAUGACGCCCGUCGGGGACGCCAUCGUCUGUGAUUACGGCUCCGAGCUGCGCAUCGUGAGAUUCCCUCCCGUCAGCGCCCACCAGAAGAAGGAGCACUGACCGGGGUCGGACCGGCGCGGCGCUCCCCGCCUCCAUCCAAAAGCCGCGCCGCCGCCGCCGCCGCCGGGUGGUUAGCUCAUUGUGACGUAGUCGGGCAGCACGUGCGAUAGUGUGAAAGGUGCCGCCGGUUAAACGGACGGACGCUGUCAGUGGUGACGCUAGUGGUGAUGCUAACAAAAGACGGCGAGCCGGCCCGCGUCUGACGCGAGUCCGAGCUUAGUGUGUUCCUGAGAUGGCUGUAGGGAGGGCGGGGGGCUCCGAGGGGGCGAUAUUACCGGGGUAGACUGAUUAUGUUAGCAAUGGGGAGUCGGGGACGACUGUCUGCAUCGAGGGAGGAUGUGCGAAAUCCAAAGGCCAAAUGUCGUUGACAUUAUUUGUGUUAUGUAGCUGAAACGUUGUUUUGUCACAAUCCACUGCCGUUUUAGUCAUCGAGUGAAUUCGAUUUCGGUAUAACCUGAUAUGGAAUUGCUGUUUGUUGUUUUCGUGACGUUCGGACUGAUCAUUUUACCGGUCUGUGGCGAGUCACGUGAUGGCGCCUGCGCAGUGCGCUGAGGGUGAUUGGUGACGUCAUUGCGUGAAGGAAAUGUUGGUAGCUGCAGCGUUCGACUGUCGCGCUGGUCAGGGAGUCUGUGUACCUGAGCUGACUUCCGACGGGGGAGUAGGCGGAGUCGGAGCCAGAGUCGUUGGGGUGAGUCGGACGGGUGCAGCCGCGGCCGAGCUGGGGUAGAGCGCCUGCUGUCGCUAGGGCAAUGUACACUCUAUCUGGUAGCGUGGGAAUGCGACGGUGACAUUGCUGCACCCGGUGGUGAUACAGCGGAGAGAGAGAGGGCAUUGAUGCGACGUGUUUCCGUAUAUCUGUGUGCCUGGGUGCGUGAGCGAAUUUUGGCCCUGUCCGGCGAAGUAAGAGUUUACGUGCCAAGACCCGACCGGAUUGAGAAGUAGUGGGGUGGGACCGGUGGGACCCAGAGAAUGGCGCCUGAACGACAGCCUUGCCGCCAUCGUCUUUUAACCUAGCGUAACGCUCGUGAAGCGUUUCAUGUGCUCGAAACACUUCUUUUGAAUAUAUCAUCUCUCACGAA